AUAGUAUGGAUAAUAUCAUAUAUAUAAUAAUCGUUAUUUGGAAAAUAAACAUGAGUGGUUUAUUCACACACACUCUCUUUUCCAAUAGAAAAUACAUGAAAUAUACUUGUAUUUCAAUAUGCCGACCUAUAUUGACACACACCAAUAUACCAUCCAAUUGUGUCAAGCCUAAGAGGGUCAUCCUGUCUGCGUAAUGAUCUCCUCGUGUCUUAGAACUCUUAAGUUUUAACGAUGUACAUCCUUGCACGAGCUUUCACAGAACUGUCCAAUGAGAUAUCGAUCAAUGCCAGGAGAUUCUCGCAGACACUUAUUUAUGCAAUCGAUAUGUGCAUCCGCAGCACAGGGACGAGGACCAUCCUCGACGACGGUGCCGAAAACUACCAAGACGACCAGCAGGACGACGACUACGUUGUUGAUCUUCAUGUUUGAUGGUUUCCCAAAUGUACGCCUUUUGUGAUAUGGUUCUACGACGAUGUGGCUCUGUUAUUAUUUGUAGGGGGAAAUGGAGAGGAUGGACAGAGAGAGGGCUAAGCUAAGAAUGUGGAGCUUACAACAAUUGGCGUCGUUCUAUCGUUGCAGCCCCAAAUUUGCAUGCAUGAGAGAAUGGUAAACCGCAAUAUGUGGGUAGGUAUUAUCAUUAAGAUGAAUUAUUAUAGGUGGUGCAUGUUUAAUCGAGAUCAUUAGAUAAAUUAUUAAUAUAUUCUACCUACAUUCUAGUUUCUCUUCAAAUCCUAAUGGUGAUCUCUCUUUUUCAUUAGAUAAAUGCUUGAGGAUUUAUUAAACAAAUAUGAGUGUAAACCAAAUGGAGACAUAACACAAAUGUUACAUGUAUGAUAUUAUCUUAUAACAUUUGCUAUGAACUUAAGUCAAUACUUAUUCAGACAAGUUAAAAUCAGGUUGUUGUGGACGAUUUGGAGUUAUUGAAAUGUCAAGCACAAUAAAACAACUAUAGCUUAAUUCCAUGUCUUUAGUAUAUACAGAUUGAAGCGGUUAUCAACAUGUAUGUCUAUCGCUAUCAUCGAAAGUUGCCACCGAAUUUGGACAAUGGAGAGGGGAGUUGCUUCUCUCCCUUACAUAUUUAUAGAUAUUUAUAGAGAGUAGAGCUAUCUACCCUAACAACUUCACAAAUCACAACCCCGAUCAAACACUUAUGAGGGCCUAAACACGACCUAGCCAGUAAUGCCAUGGGCUAGUCCAAUUACAAUCUAAUCUAAUUGUAGCUCGAUUUACUCCCUCAUGUCGUAAUUUUCAACCUUCAUUGCACUUGCGCGGCAUAUUUUUUCAACCUUAAUGUCAAAGUAAUUCUUCACCGUUGGAUAUAAACCGACGGAUUCUUCUGGUCCGUCCAAUCCAAUCGUCAACUCCCGUCCCAGGGUUUUCUCUAAUCUAACAGACAAACAGAGACACGUUUUUUCUUGUUUCCUGAUUUUUUUCCAGCUCUUCUCAAACCAGUAACGCAAGUUUUUUCUAAGAUCACCAAAACGUAAACAAUCCCCCCUCCCGCCGCCGCCGCCAAGGGUUUUUGCUUCACUCGCCGGUAUCUUCCUCUGGCGGCGGCCUAUAAACCUUCAUUCCCCACUUUUCCUCUACCAAAAUCAGUCGACACCCCGACAAAGAAAAACUGAUUUCAAAAUGUUGGCGGCAUUGCAUUUCUCCGGCGCCAGAGUUUCCCGCCCUAUUAGUAAUUUCCCCGAGGGUGCGGCGGGUCUCUGCUAUUCCAGCCGGUUCCGUUUCUCUGAUUCCGUCGUGAUCACUUCCGGGUUCUGCGAAAGUUCCAAACUUUCGUGUUCUUCUUCCCGUAGGGUUUUGCCGAGAAUCGCUUGCGAUGGGGGACGAGCAGUAGAAGUGCUGCAGAAGAGUGGUGGCGUUGGCAACGAUGAAGGGGACGAGGCGGAGAAGCAGUUCUCUUGCGUCAUGAAGUUCGGCGGCUCGUCAGUGGCCUCUGCCGAGAGGAUGAGGGAGGUCGCUCAGCUCAUAAGGAGUUUCCCGGAAGAGAAUCCCAUUAUUGUUUUAUCUGCAAUGGGAAAGACCACCAAUAAACUUCUGCUGGCUGGAGAAAAAGCAGUAAGCUGUGGUGUUACUAACGCAGAACUUAUUGAUGAACUUGGGUUCAUUAGGGAUUUGCAUUUUCGAACUCUGGAGGAGCUGGGAUUGGAGAAGUCGAUUGUUGCAAAGCACUUGGAAGAACUAGAGCAACUCUUGAAGGGGAUUGCUAUGAUGAAAGAGUUGACUCCACGAACGAGAGACUACCUAGUUUCCUUUGGAGAGUGUAUGUCUACAAGGAUUUUUGCUGCAUAUUUAAAUAAACUUGGUACAAAAGCACGUCAGUAUGAUGCAUUCGAUAUUGGAUUUAUCACUACGGAUGACUUCACGAAUGCUGACAUCCUCGAAGCAACUUAUCCUGCUGUUGCUAAGAGGUUACAUGGAGAUUGGAUUAGUGAUCCGGCAAUACCAAUAGUCACAGGCUUCCUCGGAAAGGGCUGGAAGACUUGUGCCAUAACAACUCUGGGUAGAGGAGGCAGUGAUUUAACAGCCACAACCAUUGGGAAAGCUUUAGGUUUGCGGGAAAUUCAGGUAUGGAAGGAUGUGGAUGGUGUCUUGACAUGUGACCCUAACAUAUAUUCUAAGGCAGAACCUGUUCCAUAUCUGACGUUCGAUGAAGCAGCAGAACUUGCUUAUUUUGGCGCCCAGGUUCUGCACCCACAAUCCAUGAGACCGGCCAGGGAAGGUGAUAUUCCAGUUCGGGUUAAGAAUUCUUAUAACCCAAACGCCCCUGGAACACUGAUUACAAAGUCAAGAGACAUGAGUAAGGCUGUGUUAACAAGCAUUGUCUUAAAACGGAAUGUUACGAUGUUGGAUAUCGUAAGCACUCGCAUGCUUGGUCAAUUCGGUUUCCUGGCCAAGGUGUUUUCUAUCUUUGAAGAUUUAGGAAUAUCAGUUGAUGUUGUAGCUACUAGUGAAGUUAGUAUUUCAUUGACACUCGAUCCAUCGAAGCUAUGGAGUAGGGAACUGAUUCAGCAGGAACUUGAUCAUGUCGUUGAAGAGUUGGAAAAAAUAGCCAUCGUCAACCUUCUUCAAAACAGAUCGAUAAUAUCCCUAAUUGGAAAUGUGCAGAGGUCCUCUUUGAUUCUAGAGAAGGUAUUCCGCGUUCUUAGAACCAAUGGCGUUAAUGUUCAGAUGAUCUCCCAGGGUGCAUCUAAGGUGAACAUCUCGUUGAUAGUGAACGACAGCGAAUCAGAGCAAUGCGUGAGAGCGCUCCACGAGGCCUUUUUCGAUGCCAACAUCGUGGAGCUAGAUUUGGAACAUGGCUCUAAUAAUGGCAAUGGUGCCGCAUCUAAAUGACGGGCUUCUUUCUUGUAACGAUUUUCCCCCGGCCAUUAUGGCCCCCUCAUAUGUAUCCUUGAGAAAUGUAAUGCUGAGAGAGAUGUAGGAGCCAAGUAGAUAUGGGGCUUCCCCGCCAAUUCACCUUUCAUGAAUUUUGUUUGUAUUGAGAUUUCGUUAUAAAUUGUAAUAUUUCCUCUUGCAACAAGUAAUCUGAUCUUUUUAUGCUCUGCUUCUGCGUAGGCUUUUGCUUGUUGAGAAUGUAAAUGGUGCAUUGGCGCAGCGUUCAGAUUAGUCAUUUCUCUCGACCUCUGUUGAUAUUUUUGUCUUAGAAAAUAAUAACAGUUCGUAUCA